AAUAAAACUAUUUAUAAAUUAAUGACUCAGCUUAAACAUAAUUAAAACAUGACAAAUAAGCAAAAUUACCUAAAAUCAUGGAAAUCAUGACAAAUAAGUUAAAUCACUUAAAAACUAUUUAUAGAUAAUGACUCAGCUUAAACCUAAUUAAAAUAUGACAAAUAAGCAAAUUACUUAAAAUCAUGGAAAUCAUGACAAAUAAGUUAAAUCACUUCAUAAAUAAUAGUAUAGAUUGCAUUUUAAAAUUGGUUGAGACUUGAGACGCACGUGUGAGCCCCUCCCCCCCCAAAAAAAAAAAUAAAAAAAAAUAAAAGAAAUACUGAAAAAUUCAUCAAAUAAAUAAACUAAGGCACCGGAAAUAUGGACUACCGGAGAAAGAACAACAUUGUCAUGCCAGAACUAGACAUAGAUCUUUAUCCCUAGAUAAUCUGAUAUAUUUGGAAGGCCCAAAAUGACAAACUCUUUAGGGAAUUUGGAUGGAUAGCUUUGGGAAGAUUCAACUUAUAGGGACACGAAAUUACAUUCGACGCGAAUAUGCCUUGCAUUCAGAAGUAGAAACACUGCGAUGAGCGAUGGAGAAUAUGCUUUAACACUCAACAUGCCAGAGCUUUGAGACAUAUUGUAAGGAGCUGAUCGCUAUGAUUAAGGAGCCUCAUGCUUGGCCAAGCUUUGCAACAAAAUUGGAGAGGAUAGAGACUCUGCAGAUAUGAUUCCCGGACUUCAAGAUCACUUAUAUUCCACGAUCGCAAAAUCAGAUUUCUGACUCUUUAGCUAAGACUGCGAGGUCCAAGGUCUUUCUAUAGAGAGCUUUGUUUUAUUGGUUGUUCUAUUCCGGUCUGCUUUAACUUUGAGUAAUAGAAUAGCCGUUCGUUGUAAAAAUAAAAAUAAAAAUAAACCAAGGCUCCGAAUGGUAACAGCGGAUUGAGCGGUGCGGUUUUAACAGUUAUAAAAACGUAUAGAUAUAUAGUAUAUGCAAAGAUUUUUGUUACUGCUAACUGCGUUGCGUUGCGGUGCGGUGCGGGGCGGAUUAAAACAUUCGAAUCCCAAAACUCUAAUAAAUAAGCGUGACGAGAAAACGCACUUUGUAUAAAAUAACAAGAGUGGGCAAAGAAACACCAAAAUAUCUUAGUUUUGAGUUUUUAACUUUAUACUAUUUAUUAAUGCUUCUUUUUUGACACUUGCAUGGUGUGUACCUCUCGUUUAUGUUCUUUAGCACACAAGUGAGGUUAUUUAAGAAACUCGAAACUUUUGAUUUCUGUUUUCUUUGGGGGCAAAAGAUUAGAUUAUUAUUAGCUUAGUUAUCUCAUCGUAAUCAAUGGAGGUCAACAACGAUACUAUGCAAAAGUCAAAGUUUGAAAGAAUUUGUGUGUUUUGUGGAAGCAGCCAAGGCAAGAAGAGUAGCUACCAAGAUGCUGCUGUCGAUCUAGGCAACGAAUUGGUUUCGAGGAACAUUGAUCUAGUCUAUGGAGGUGGAAGCAUAGGUUUGAUGGGUAUUGUUUCACAAGUUGUUCAUGAUGGUGGUCGUCAUGUUAUUGGAGUUAUUCCCAAGACACUCAUGCCUAGAGAGUUGACGGGUGAAACAGUAGGAGAAGUAAGAGCAGUUGCAGAUAUGCAUCAAAGAAAAGCAGAGAUGGCUAGACACUCUGAUGCUUUUAUUGCCUUACCAGGUGGAUAUGGAACACUUGAAGAACUGUUGGAGGUCAUAACAUGGGCUCAACUUGGGAUACAUGACAAACCGGUGGGUUUGCUUAAUGUUGAUGGAUACUACAGCUCUUUGCUCUCCUUCAUUGAUAAAGCUGUUGAAGAAGGAUUCAUCAGUCCAACCGCACGCCAGAUCAUAAUCUCUGCACCUACGGCUAAGGAGCUUGUAAAGAAGCUUGAGGAAUAUUCACCUUGUCAUGAAAGUGUUGCUUCUAAGCUUUGUUGGGAGAUCGAGCGGAUUGGCUACUCUUCUGAAGACUGAUUACUAAUCAGGAUCCAUAAACAUAUAACUAUUGAAUGUGAAGGGAUUUCUAUAUAGAUCUUACUUAAGGAAGG